GCGCUGCUCAAAAAGGAACCUGUGAGGACAGAUUGCCAAGUGUCCAACUCAGGACAGCGGUGUGACAAGUCUGCUUUCGGGGUACUCUCGCUGGAUCCUGAGACAACGGGAAAAUGACUUCCCAUGACCAAAAGGCCGUCACUCGCAGAACCAAGGUGGCUCCCACCAAGAGGAUGAGCAGGUUCUUGAAGCACUUCACAGUGGUGGGGGACGACUACCACACCUGGAAUGUCAACUACAAGAAGUGGGAGAACGAGGAGGAUGAGGAGGAGCCCGCCCCCACGUCAGCGGAGGGCGAGGGCAGUGCUGUGGGCCCAGACGCUGAGGCUGGCUCUGCCUCCACGCCCAGGCCGUCCCUGGACUUCAGGAGCCGGCUAAGGAAACUAUUCAGUUACCACAGGUUUCAGGUCAUCAUCAUCUGCCUGGUGGUCCUGGACGCUCUCCUGGUGCUGGCUGACCUCAUUCUGGAUUUGAAGAUCAUUGAGCUGGACGAGAAACACUAUGCGGUCAAGGUAUUCCGCUACCUGGGUUUUGCCAUCCUGGCCUUCUUCAUGCUGGAGAUUUCCUUUAAAGUCUUUGUCUUCCGCUUGGAGUUCUUCCACCACAAGUUUGAGAUCCUGGAUGCCAUUGUGGUGGUGGUGUCCUUUGUCCUUGACCUCAUCCUCCUGCUUAAAAACCACCAUUUUGAAGCUCUUGGUCUGCUGAUUCUGCUUCGGCUCUGGAGGGUGGCCCGGAUCAUCAACGGUAUCAUCAUCUCAGUGAAGACACGCUCUGAACGUCAGAUCUUACGGUUAAAGCAGAUAAACUUCCAACUGGCCACCAAGAUCCAGCAUCUGGAAUUCAGCUGCUCCGAGAAGGAACAAGAAAUUGAGCGACUGAGCAAGCUGUUGAGACAGAACGGACUUCUUGGGGACGUGAACGUGAACUAAGCCUUCCAGAAGGUCCAUCCAGAGUAGCUGGGC